UGACCAGCCCAACAAACAUAGACGACAUCACACUCCAAAACGGUGCAGAAUGAACGUUAGUACGACAGAGGAGUCAACAAAGUUCAGUUCGUAGCUAUUACCUAGCCAUGGCUGCAACCACCAUGAAACUGCUUCUCUCGCCACCGUGGCUACUACUUCUGUUAAUAUCAUCACUAAUUUCGAUCACUCUCGCUUACAAACCCGGCGACACCGUCCCUAUGAGCCGCAUGGGUCAAUACCACUCCUCGAGAACCGUGUGGCAGGACCUCAUUGGCCGCCAUUGCCCCAUCUUCGCAGUGAAUCGUGAGGUUUUGGUUCCCUUACCCAAGCCAACGGGUUACACUGGGGCUGAUCCUUAUAAAAUAUCAUUUCAAGUUGGAAGGGAGAAAUUUUAUAUCCCAUGGCUUUUAGUGGUUAAUCGGAAAAGUACAGAGGUUCCAAUGAUUGAUAUAGAACUGAAAUAUUCAGGAAGUGACUUUCUUGGUGUUACUGCAAAAGUUGUGGAUAUGCCACAUCACUAUGUUGAAAUUCAUCCUGAGAUCGGUAAACACUUCUGGGAUGCUCAGCAUUGGCCAAAGCAUAUACUUGCCCGAUACACAUGGAAGGAACAUUCCGAGAUAGAUGUAACUUCCGGAUUUUUUGUUCUGUUUGGUUCAGGGCUCUUGCUGUCUUUCAUCCUCUCAAUCUACACAUUGCAAUCUUCACGUGAAAAAUUGGAAAGAUUUGUAAGGGAAACGGUUGCAGAAAGCAGCAUCCCUGUUGGAGAGAUAGCAAAAGUUGAAUGAUGCAUCUCUAAUGUCAUUAAUACAAUAAAUACAUUGUAAUGUUGUAUUAAUGAAAUUAACAAGGUCAGUUUGGAGAUGGAGAGUUGUUCUUUGGAUACACAGCUAUGAACCACUCAUUUCUUUUCUUGAUGGGGGUGAGUAUGAAAUGGAUUAGAUUAAUUUUAUCAAUGACAAAAGCUGUGGAGUAAAGAACAGAAAAAUGUUGAUAUUGCAUGAAUAUAUUACAUUUCAUAUUGAA